AUGAUGGAAAGGCUUUCAGCGCUGGUUCUGGAUAGUGACCCAGCGUCCUUGUCGACCAUCUCUGAGACGCUCGCAAAGUUUAACUUCAAAGUUUUCCCCUUCCAAACAGCAGAAGCGGCCCUGGAUUUCGUUGAAGGCGGGGCUGCUAAAGAAGCAGAGCUUGAUUUGGUAUUGGUGGAUGUUAAUCUUAACAAUAUGGCACCAGGCACUUCCGCAAACUCUGAUCUGCUCCAUUAUUACAUGCUGAAUGAACUUGAAGUCCCUCUUACCGCAAUGUGUUCUUGUGAUGAUGAAGAGGCACUUUCCAAAUGUAUGAACCUGGGUGCAUGCUUCCAUGUGCUGAAGCCACUGGACAGAAGAAGCUUCAGCAUUCUGUGGCACCAAGCACUGGAACACAAGUUUAAAAAGGCAGCACCUCAAGGACCAACUCUUAAUAGUACCAGAAAUGGAAUGGUUUCAUCGUCUACUGAAAAGCCCAAGGAAGUGCUUAUCCUAGAGAGAAAUAAUUUAUCCGAUCCUGAAAGCAAUGGAUAUGAAGAGCCAAAGAAGCGGAAUCGGAUGACAUGGACCAUUGAGCUCCAUGAAAAGUUCUUGGGGGCUGUCGAAGCUCUUGGGGGGAACGAGUAUCCUACACCUGACGGGAUCCUCCACCUGAUGAAUAUAAAGGGUUUGACUGCGAAGCAUAUAGGGAGCCAUCUCCAGAAACAUCGAUUGCGCCACCGGAAUGCAAAGCAAGGAGGACAGCGCCAAGAGAAUGCCAGCAGAAAACCAAUGGGGCAUGAUGAAGGCACUUCUGAAUCCAUCACACCCAGAGUUGAGACAGACGGGGAAGUGUACCCCUUAAGGCUGUGGACAGAGGUGAAGAAAAGGUCAGCGGACACAGUGGCUCUGAAGACUAAGGACACAGAGUCUGUGUGUAUUGUGGACCCGGAGUACAAUGCAUCAAUGGAUUUUUCUGUUGCUUGGGCGCACCUAGACAGCAAUGAUCUGGACCUGACAGGCCCUUCUGAUGGCCGGGAGGAAGCAGAUUCAUUUCGGAUGAGUCAGCUGGAAAGCCUUGGCCUAGAGGAUCUCCGUGACAACGCAUGUAAUGAUGCUCUGAGAUCGGUUGGUCUGAUUAACAUAGAUGAACCAGUAACUCAAGGAUCGCAAGAGCAGCAAAGCCUUGGCAUGGAGGAUCUCCAGCAUGUAGAUGACAUUCCAUGGGAUGAUGCUCUGAUAUCUGUGGGGCUUAUCAACUUAUUAGAUGAACCAAUGACUGAAGAAGCCGCCGUUGGAGGAUCACAAGAUCAGCAAAGCCUUGCCCCAGAGGUUCUGCAAGCAGGUAACAAUGCAUGGGAUGAUGAUCUUAGGUCGGCGGGGAUGGUCAACUUAUUAGAUGAACCAAUAUCUCAAGAAGCCGCUAUUGGCGAUGCUCUGAUGGAUGACCCUGUGAGCCCGAUUGCCCAAGACGAUGUGUUAUGGGCUUGGAGUCCUGCAAUGCCAGCGGUUGACUAUGGCAUGCUCUUCUGA